AUGAGGUUCUCCAUCGCCACCGCUGCCUUCGCUCUCUCCAGCCUUUUCAUGGGCGCCGUCGCUGCUCCUACCAACAGCGACCUCAUCACCCGCACUGAUGUGCAGGCCGACGUCGACGUCACUGUGCUGAGUGUCCUGACCGACCUCAAGGCGCAGGUCGAGGUGCACACGGGCAACAUCAACAGCACCUGUGGCGGCCUUGGCCUCGGACUGGACGUCGAGGUCGACCUGAGCACUCCGGCCAUUGUCUCGAUCAAGGCCGAGAUCACUGCCAUCAUCGACGUCAUUACCACCGCUACCGCCAAGAUCCAGGGCUGCGAGGCCGGCGCUGAUGUCUCGGUCAUUGUCGACCUGGCCCUCAAGAUCGUCCUCGAGAUCCUCUUCACGCUCAACGCUUCGGUCAAGAUCGUCGGAGUCGUCUCCCUUUCCCUGCUCAACCUCAGCAUCAACCUCGUCAUCAACGUCAUCGCCAACCUGCUGGUCGCCAUCGAGGCCGUUGUCGGCGGUGUCCUCGAGAGCGUCUGGGUCUCCGUCCACGUCUGCUUGGACCUCGUCCUUCCCGGCCUCGUCAAGGUCUUCGUCGGACUCGGUGUCACUCUCAACGGCGAGUGUGGCUGCCUGAGCCUGUAA